UUCAUCUCUGUUGGGAAACCUAGAAGGCUCGGGGGUGUAGGGGGUGGUUUCUCAGUGGUGAGCCUUCUUCGUCCAUUCCCUGAGCAUCUCACGAGUCCUAUACCCUCUGUCUUGCAGCCCGAGCAUGGAGAACUCAUCAGCGGCCUCGGCCUCCUCGGAGGCGGGCAGCAGCCGCUCGCAGGAGAUUGAGGAGCUGGAGCGCUUCAUUGACAGCUACGUGCUGGAGUACCAGGUGCAAGGACUGCUGGCCGACAAGGCAGAUGGCGAUGGGGAAGCCGAGAAGCCGCUGCCACCCCUCUCCCAGUGGACGGCAGACUGCAGCCAGCAGCUGGACAGAGCCCGAGUCUUCCCCCAGGGCCUCGCGGCGCCAUUACAGAAUGGCAGCAAGGACGGUUCUCUGGACAUGCUGGGCACAGACAUCUGGGCAGCCAACACUUUCGAGCCCUUCAGUGGUGCCACCUGGGACCUACAGCCCGAGAAGCUGGACUUCAGCCAGUUCCACCGGAAGCUGCGGCCCCUGCCCAAGCAGUCACUGCAGCACAUCGACCGAGAAGGGUGUGGGAAAGGGAAGCUGGAAGAUGGUGACGGAAUCAACCUGAACGACAUCGAAAAGGUUCUUCCGACUUGGCAGGGCUACCAUCCGAUGCCACACGAAGUGGAGAUUGCACACACCAAGAAGCUCUUCCGAAGGAGAAGGAACGACCGCAGGCGACAACAGAGACCCCCAGGAGGUAACAAGCCCCAACAGCAUGGGGACCACCAGCCGGGCAAUGCCAAACACAGCAGGGACCACCAGAAAUCCUACCAGGGGGGCUCGGCACCCCACGCCUCAGGGAGACCCACCCACCACGGUUAUAGCCAGAACCGCCGCUGGCACCACAACAACAUGAAGCAUCCCCCAGGUGACAAGGGGGAGCCCAGCACCCACCGCAAUGCCAAAGAGAGCCUGGCCCUGGAGAACCCCAAAGCAGAGGACAUCCCAGGAGACACUGGAUCCUGCGGCCUGGAGCCACCCUGCAGUCCCGAGAGUCUGGCCCUGGAACCUGCCGAACAGCUGCUCCCAGUACAGCCAGGCACUCCUGAGGCCUCCGAGUCAAAGCGCAAAGACUUUGGGGUCCCCGAGCAGUUGGCAGAGCAACCCAGGGUCACCCUGCUCCAGUCAUCCAAAGACAGACUGCGGCGCAGACUCAAGGACAAGGCUCCGGAGGAAGUGAGGGUGGAGACGAGCGCCCCUCAGCAGAACAAGAUGGACAAGCUGGCCGAGAUCCUCAACAGCCUGCGCAAUAACAGCAGUGACGUGGAGGCCAAGCUCAGCACGUUCAUGGAGGAGGCGCAGAACUCCACCAACUCCGAGGAGAUGCUGGGCGAGAUUGUGCGCACCAUCUACCAGAAGGCCGUGUCGGACCGUAGCUUUGCCUUCACUGCCGCCAAGCUGUGUGACAAGAUGGCGCUCUUCAUGGUGGAGGGGACCAAGUUCCGGAGCCUGCUCCUCAACAUGCUGCAGAAAGACUUCACGGUGCGGGAAGAGCUGCAGCAGCAGGACGUGGAGCGCUGGCUGGGCUUCAUCACCUUUCUGUGCGAGGUCUUUGGCACCAUGAGGAGCAGUACAGGCGAGCCCUUCCGAGUGCUUGUCUGCCCCAUCUACACCUGCCUCAGGGAGCUCCUGCAGUCUCAGGACGUGAAGGAGGACGCUGUUCUGUGCUGUUCCAUGGAGCUGCAGAGCACGGGCCGGCUGCUGGAGGAGCAGCUGCCCGAAAUGAUGGCCGAGCUGCUGGCGAGCGCCCGCGACAAGAUGCUAUGUCCCUCGGAGUCCAUGCUGACCCGCUCGCUGCUCCUGGAGGUCAUCGAGCUGCACGCCAACAGCUGGAACCCCCUGACGCCCCCCAUCACGCAGUACUACAACAGAACCAUCCAGAAACUGACAGCCUGACAGCCGGGGGCCCUGGCGGCGGCCUGCGGGCAGCUGGGACCCUGGUGCCCAGGGCCAGAUGGACAGGCGGGAGGACUGCGGUGACCCUGGCAGAAGGGGAGGAAGGAGGCAGAGCCUGGCUGGAGCCAGGGGGAGGGGGGCCCGGGACGUCAUCCCCGCACCCCCCCCCCCCAGAGCAUGCGCGGCUCCCAAUAAGGGAAGCAUGUGCCGAGUGGGGUCGGUGGCCCCGGCCCGCGCCCCUCCUCGCCUCCCCACUUCUCCGCCCUGCG